ACCCAUCCUCUCCUUUCGGGCAGGCUUUCUGCUGGGCCAACCUCCUUGGCCCAGAGUACCAGACGCCCAUACAUCCUUCUUCCUCAGGCCCUCGUGUUCCCCGUUCUAAGGAAAAGAGCAAUCUACGUGAAGUAGCUGAUCAGUAAAUUGCCCCCUCACGUUACGUCAUGCGACUCAAGCGUCGCUUUCUCUGACGUUUCGCACAUCAGCAGCGAGGGACGGGGUGCCGGCAACAGGAACGCUAUAAGCAGGCUCAGCAACACCAGCAGCAGCAGCAGCAGCAGCAGCAGCAGCAGCAGCAGCAAGGCAGAGUGCCAUAGUGCAGACUGUAGGAAUACAGUAAUUGAAUGCAGGAAUAUAGACAGUAUUUUCUUGGGCCUCAGUGGCCAUGUAAGGCUGUUUGAUUAGGCUCUGAAUCGCGCAAACCUGCUCCUGAAGCGGUGAUUUCUCCCCAGGUUUCCCGCAGCAAUUACAGCCCAGGAAUAGUACAGUCUGUUUCCGCAUCAGCUGAUUGAAAUCUGGUCAGAUUCGCCUCUCCUGAUCGUGAAUUCCGGGCGACAUGUUGUUUUCUAGCAUCGACGUGGCGGACGCGAGCUUAGCGAAUCACUUCACGCAAGCCGAGCUCCGAAAGCUCAAAUCUCAGUUCGAUGGCGCGUCUCCCUCGCCGGGGACCCCCCUGACGCCGGCCAGCAUACGGGCGAAUUCCGUCCGCCUGGGCUUCUCGACGCCGCUGAGCGAGCCCGACGCCGAUCGCGUGAUCGCGGAAUUCGGCAGCAAGGAGAAAGGCAAGGACACGGAGAAGGGCGUGCUCACGUUCGAGGGCUACCUUCGCCUGCAAGCGGACAUCGACAAGGGCACCUCCUACUUCUCCCCGCUCAGCAAGCCGCGCAACUCCGCAGCCAAGGAGUUUAUGCGCUCGCCAGUCACGUCUACAGUGCACGUCAUUAACGAAUCCGAGAAGCGCGCCUAUAUCGAGCAUAUCAAUGCGAACAUGGCGGAGGACGAGCACGUGGCGUCGCUGCUGCCGAUCGCCCCUGAGGGCGGGGACUUGCUGGAUAAAGUGCAGUCGGGCGUGCUGCUAUGCAAGCUGGUGAACCUAGCAGCGCCGGGCACCAUAGACGUGCGCGCCAUCAACAGCAAGGCGCAGUUGAACGCGUGGCAGCGCAGCGAGAACCACACGCUCGCGCUCAACUCCGCACGUGCUCUGGGGUGCCAGGUGGUCAACAUCAGCGGGCAGGACAUUGCCGAGCGCAGGGAGCACCUACUACUGGGCCUCAUCGCACAAAUAAUAAAGGUUCACCUGCUGUCAUUCAUCAGCGUGUCUGCUGCUCCUGAGCUGGUGGACGAGCUCGAGAAAGAGUCAGGGGAGGACGUGCGGCAUGAGUCGAGCGAGCAGCUUCUUCUCCGGUGGAUGAACCUGCACCUCAAGAAGGCCGGCUACAGCAAAGAGGUCGCCAACUUCAGCCAUGACAUCAAGGACGGCGAGGCGUACACUCUCCUGCUCAACCAGCUCGCCCCCGACGCGUGCGACCUGUCGCCGCUGCAGUACGCAGCGGGGCUGGAGCGUGCGCAGCAGGUGCUGAAGCAGGCGGACCGCAUCGGGUGCUGCAAGUACGUUCAGGCACAGGACAUUGUGGACGGGUCCACGAACCUGAACCUGGCCUUCGUCGCGAAUCUCUUCCACAUGAGGCACACACUGAAGGCUCAAGAGGAGAGUAAAGAAGAGGACACGCCUGGUGUCGUCAUAGGUGCAGGUCGGUCCCCGGUGGUGCAGCAGGCGGAGCUGGAGGUGGACCGCAGCCUGGACAGCGAUGAGGAGCGCGUGUACCGCUUCUGGAUCAACAGCGUGGGCGUCUCCAAGCCCGUCAACGACCUCUUCAGCGACGUGCGCGACGGCAUUGUGCUGCUGGAGGUGAUGGACAAGAUCCGCCCGGGGUGCGUGGAGUGGAAGACAGUGGCGCGGCCCACAGGCGCGCAGCAGCACCUGCGGGCGGUCUACAAGAAGAUCGAGAACUGCGAGCAGGUGCUCCGCGUGGGGCGGAAGCUCAAACUAAACAUCGUCGGCACGGGCGGGAACGACAUAGUCUCUGGGAACAAGAAGCUGAUUCUGGGGUUCCUGUGGCAGCUGAUGCACCUGCACAUGGUGUCUCUGCUGCAGCACCUCAGGCAUAGUCAUGAGCUGAGCGACACGGACAUCCUGCAGUGGGCCAAUGAGAGGGUGGAGAAGGCAAAACGCUCGUCCCGCAUGCAAGGCUUCAAGGACUCGAGCCUGUCGUCGGGGCUGUUCUUCCUGGACCUCAUGUUCGCUGUCGAGCCGAGAGUCGUCAACUGGGAGAUCGUCACCCGCGGUGCCACUGAGGACGACAAGCUGCAGAAUGCGCACUACGUGAUCAGCGUGGCACGGAAGCUGGGGUGCUCGGUGUUCCUCGUGCCCAAUGACAUUGUCAAGGUGCGCCCCAAGAUGAUUCUCAUGCUCACGGCGUCCAUCAUGGCCUUCUACCUGCAGUUCAAGGAGGAGAAAGACCAGGCCCUCAGAGACUCCCUCGACUCUGGCACCACCAUCCCCUCCUUUGCUGCAUCCAGCUCCCUCACCUCGUCAGAUGCCGCCAUGCCUGUGGCCCGGCUUGAGUUUGAGGAGUUCACAGAUACGCCUGGGAAGGGCAGGUCUGUUUCGCCUCUGCCGGCGGGCUCUGCAGGGCAAAGUGGCGUGAGUGUGGCGGAGAAUGGUUCGAGUGGGAGCGUUAUGUCAAUCAAGCAGCGCAAGGCGGAGUUGUUUGCGAGAAGCGUGUCGCCUAUGCCGAUGAAGCCGCUCAGUCCCGCAGUUACCAGGUAGCAUACGUCUUUUACUAUGAUAGAAGUGCACCUGUGCUUGGUAUAAGUUGUGUUAUAUAGUACCAUAUUGCCUAGUUGCUUCUUGUUUGUUUUUGCAGCUGCAAUGUAAUCUUCACCGAACA